GCGGCCGCCCGUCCUGGCCGGGCUCCGCUCGCCUUGGCACACCCCGGCCGGAGGGUUGGCUGCUCGCACAUCCGUCACGGUGCCUGAGGAAACACGGCGGUGACGUGCUGGUCCCCUCCUCCUGCCCGCGGACACCCGCUGCUGGCGGAGCCGCCGCUCGGAGCGCCCCGGUGAUGGAGAGGACGGAGCUGCCGGGGACGCGGAGAUGUGGCAGUGCUCCUUUUCUGUGUGCUUAAAAAGACGUCUGUGGUGGAGCCAGGCGGCAGGCAGGGAUCCCCAGGGAGCCAUGGCCAGAGAGGGGUGUUCUGGGACGCGGUGGAGGUCGGAGCUCUUCUAGCAAUCCAGUGUCUUCUGAGAGCCCCAGGCGUGCUUCCUUGCAAUUCCUCUGCAGAAAGCUCUAGAGAAAGCGCAGCAACAUGUACACCUUCCUGCCAGAGAACUUCACACCGGUGAAGCAGAAACCCUCCAAGGAGCUGAGGCCCAUGCUGGGCGCCAUCUUGCUGGGCCUCAUCCUGUUCAUUGCUGCAGUGGUGGCCUGGUGCUACUACACCGUGUCCCUGAGGAAGGCGGAGCGGCUCAAGACGGAGCUGAUGGACCUGCGGGCGGACGGCUUCGUCAUCCGCAACCAGCACGGGGAGGUGGUGUUCCGGCUGGCCUUCCGCUCGGGCAGCCUGGACCUGGAGUCGUGCUCCAAGGAGGGCGAGAUCCUGAGCUGCUCACGCUCGAGCCGGGGGCCGCUCAACUUCUUCAUCCAGACGGUGAAGCCCAAGGACACGGUGAUGUGCUACCGCGUGCGCUGGGAGGAGCUGGCGGCCGGCCCGGCCGUGGAGCACACCAUGUUCUGGGAGGACGCCCACUGGUACGGGGGCUCGGAGAUGAGCACCCAGCACUGGCCCAUCCGCCUGGCCGGCUACCAGGAGCCCGUGCCCUACGUGACCAGCGACGUCUACUCCUUCCGCGACAGCUUUGGCGGCAUCCUCGAGCGCUACUGGCUCUCCUCCAAGGCGGCGGCCAUCAAGAUCAACGACUCCGUGCCCUUCCACCUGGGCUUCAACGCCACCGAGCGCACCCUCUUCUUCCAGGCCCGCUACAAGGACUCACCCUACAAGCCUCCCCCGGGCCAGCAGCCCUUCCCCGAGCUCAGCUACCGCGUCUGCGUGGGCUCCGACGUCACCUCCAUCCACAAGUACAUGGUGCGCAGGUACUUCAACAAGCCCUCCAAGAUCCCUGCUGAGAACGCCUUCCGAUACCCCAUAUGGUCCACAUGGGCCCUCUACAAGAAUGAUAUUGACCAGGAUAAACUCUUGCGGUUUGCUGAAAAGAUCAAGAAAUAUCAUUUUAACUGCAGCCACAUUGAGAUUGAUGACAUGUAUACCCAAGCCUAUGGGGACUUUGACUUUGACCCUGUCAAGUUCCCCAAUGUAACAGAGAUGUUUGCAAAACUGAGAGAAGAUGGAUUUAAGGUCACCCUGUGGAUUCAUCCUUUUGUAAACUACAAUUCCUCCAAUUUUGGCGUGGGGAUUGAGCGUCAGCUGUUCAUCAAGGAGCCCUCAGGGCGGCUGCCAGCCAUGGUGGAGUGGUGGAACGGCAUCGGGGCCAUCCUGGACUUCACCAACCCAGCAGCCCGUGACUGGUUCCAGAGCCACCUGCGCCAGCUCCAGCACAAGUACGGCAUCUCAUCCUUCAAGUUCGACGCAGGCGAGACCAGCUACCUGCCCAAGCAGUUCAGCACCUUCCGCCCACUGUCGGACCCCAGCAUCUGGUCCCGGCGCUACACGGAGAUGGCCAUCCCCUUCUACGAGCUGGCCGAGGUGCGGGUGGGCUACCAGUCACAGAACAUCUCCUGCUUCUUCCGCAUCAUUGACCGCGACUCUGUCUGGGGCUACGAGCUCGGCCUCAAGUCCCUCAUCCCCACCGUCCUCACCAUCAGCAUGCUGGGGUACCCCUUCAUAUCUGCUGACAUGAUUGGGGGCAAUUUUUUCCCCAAUAAAACGAAUGGAGCAGUGGAGAUCCCCGACCGGGAGCUGUACGUGCGCUGGCUGGAGCUGUCAGCCUUCAUGCCCUCCAUGCAGUUCUCCAUCCCACCCUGGCUCUACGACAAGGAGGUGGUGGAGAUUGCACAGAAGUUCAUGGAGCUCCACGAGUCGCUGGUGGCCCCGCUGCUGCUGGAGCUGGCCGGGGAGGUCACCGACACAGGCGACCCCAUCAUCCGUCCCAUCUGGUGGAUCUCGCCCCGUGACGAGGCCACUCACCGGAUCGACUCCCAGUUCCUCAUUGGGGACACCCUCAUGGUGGCUCCUGUGCUGGAGAUGGGCAAGCAGGAGCGGGAUGUCUACCUGCCAGCGGGCAAGUGGCGCAGCUACAAGGGGGAGCUGUUUGAGAAGACCCCAGUGCUGCUCACUGACUAUCCCGUUGACCUGGAUGAGGUUGCCUAUUUCCUCUGGGUUUCCUAAGAGGCUUCUUCAUCAGCUUGGGAAUAACCAUGCCUUACCUAGGACUUUCUAACAAAUAAUAACUCUAAUUGCACAUUUCAUUUGAGACUGGGGUGGAGAAAGGGAACUCAAUAGACUUCACUGUUCUUGGGGAUAAUUUUUUUUUUUUUUUUGAGUAUUGAUCUUGAUUUUUCAAAUUUGGGUCUUGUGGUAGGCUCUGAUUGGAUUACAGUAGGCAGCAAUUUAUCUGUAUAGUUCAGAAAGGAGUUGUCAGUCUAUCUGCAGGCACAUAGUAAACCCAAUGCCUUUUCAGUUCUCGAGGACAAGAGUUGGAAGUUCCUUAGUGCCUGUUGGGAGCAUUCCUAGUCUUGUGGGAGCACCUGGCACUGGGUAUGGGGGUGCGUGCUAUGGGAAGACUGCUACAGCACAGCCUGCCCUAAGUUUUAUAAUAUGGCAAAUAUAUUCAAAUGGAUAUUUUUAAGAGAUAAAGCAAAAUAGAGUUACAUAUAUAUAUAUACACACACACACCUAUUUUUUCCCCCUUUUGCCUGGCAUGGUGCUGGACUAACAGUUGCCCCAUGCUCCUUCUUUCCUGGGUCGCAGGCAGGCCAGGUCACUCAAGUGAUGUCCAUAUGUUUUAACUGAAUGGGUUGCUUAUUUCCUGCUGGGACAGCUGCAUCCCACCUGCUCACCCAUUUGACUUCCUCUACAAGGCUCUUGCCUGUGUGCUUUGCCUGGGGCAUCAACAAUGCCUUUCCUAGAGCAGCGCCAUCUGUACCAGCAUGUUCCAUUUUUUAAGCAUUUAUGACCCCACUUGGUUACAUGAUUAUCCUGCUAAUACCAUGCUUUAUGGUUUUUAAGGAACUGAUGAGGUUUGUUGCUGGCAGAAGGGCUGCCUGGAGCAAGGCUGUCCUCAGGCAGUCCGUGCGGUGCUUCCCUGGGAACAUCCAGUUCCCAAGAGCAGCACGUGCUGUGGAUUGACAGUGCCGUUUGCCGGUAGCCAGGUUGCCUGUGGGUGGAAAACACCGGCUCUACGAACUGAUGGGUCUGUGCCAGCGGCUGUUCUCACUGCACCCACGGAAAUGUUCUCAUCUAACAUGAAGUUAAGCUAAUACCCAUCUCAGGUCGCCGUUAGAGGUGAUAAUUUUGUUAAGGGUUUUCCUGAGUCAGCCCUCCUCUCUGCCUGGGAAGCUCCCAGGGAGCUUGUCAAGCAGCAUUGGUGUUGCUGGAGGUGGGAUUGCUGACAAAGGCUUCUGGAGGGCAUAUGAGGUGUUGUGAUCCUGCAUCCCAAGUCCCCAGCAGCUGCCUCUUUGGCAGAUUUCCCAUUUGGUUUUGUAUGGGAAAAUGCAUUUGCUGAGAUCUGAGGCGGGGCAAACAGGAUUGAAGUCCGGCAGCCUUCCUCCCUAAGGCAAGAGUUCCCAGCGCUGCCCCAGUUGGGAACAUGUGUCAGCCCCUGAAUUUUUAACGAGCUUCUGCAGAAUUGAAUUGUGAUGACUGGGAAGGGUUGGGCACUGUGCCCAGGUUCCAGCCAGCCAAGGGCAGCUCAGCAUCUAUGGGGCUUCUCCUGGAAUUGUGUCUGGGCUGGGCAUGGUCUGGCACCCAGGGAGAUGGUGCCAUGUUUUGGGUCGGGUUGGGUACCAGUGAGGAUCUUUCUCAAAGUCCAUCUCCUGCCACAGAGCUUUUCAGGAGGCAGAAAAGGAGAUGUACUAAGUUUGAGAGUUGUGAUGGGAUGCAGGAGGAGAAAUGUUGGUGUAGGGGCAAAAUCUGAAGUGCUUUUGUAGUUAGGAAAUGAGGAAGUCUGGUUUGAUGGACUCCCUUAAGACCUGAAUCUGCUCUGUAUGGUUUAAUCUCAAAAUGGGACGUGGGGGAGCCUUACAGGUCCCUGCCCUGCUGGAGAGCAUGCAUUUCCUGAUGCCUGUUUGUUUCUCAGGCUUUUAAUUCUGAAGGACUCAAGUUUCUUCCUGGCCACCAGUGCAAAUGAUGGUGAUGUUACAACUUGCAGACACCCUCUGGCAAGAAAUUUAUCCUGGAACCUAAGUGUCACUCAUCAGGGCACUGACAGGAUUUGGCCGUUGCUUGCAGGGUGCCAUUGAAGGUGAGGAGAUGAGUCUGGCCAUCCUUUAAGAAGGGCCAAGAGUGGAGGAAGCUUCUGCACCCCCAGAAGUGCAUGAAGACCAUGCUUUGAGAGGCUCCAGCUCUUCCCUUUCAACCUCUGCUCAUUAAAUACUUGUCAUCCCUUGGCGUGGGAGUUAUUACGAAGCUGUAAGAGGCUGGAACAGAGGCUGGACAGUGUUAAAGAAAUAAAGCAGAUAUUUAUUAAAAACCCUUCAAAGGAUACACCUUGGGCAGUACAAGAACCUGGCCAUGGAUCCACCCAAGAUGGACAACAGGUCACGAGUUUUCACAGUUUUGUAAGUUUUGGUCCAUUGACAUAUUGGGGUUAAUUGUCCAAUUACAGCUUCAGAUUAUGAAGCCCCAUCCUCCCAGAUUGCUCUCCUCAAUUUGCUGUGGUUUAUACUUUUUGGGCCUGAAGCUGCAAGCAUCCUUGGUUCUUGGGCUGGAAAAGGAUUGUUUUGUCUAACUGAAAUGUGAGGAGAACUUGCUAACACUUUAUAUGAAAUUCAAAGUUACAUAUUAAUGCAGUACAGAAUCUGAAUCUGGAAAAUAUGAAAGGUUAAGACAUCAUUUAGGUGGAGGAGAUGUUGCACAGCUCAGCUGCCAGUGCAGAAUUGGGAUCCUUGGCACAGGACUUCAUGGGAAGGAUCCUGGCAUGGUCAUGAGACACUGUUUUCUCUUCCCCUGGUUCUGUGCCACUCACUAUAUGCAUCACUCAUGAGGAAUGAGGCUGUGUGAGGAGAAACACAGCAUCCCUGUUAGUAUCCUCCUACUAUUAAAAUGAUGGGAGCAGCCAGAUUAGUGCCUUCAGUCUCCUUGCAGUGGUUUCAGGCACAUGGAGGAAAUUCUCCAUUAGACACACUGUCUUCUUUUCCCCUCCCCUCAAAAAGAAAGGAUUUUAUUAACAAAGUUAUAAUUUUCUUUUAUUUAACUUUAUAGAUGAAUGGGUAAGAUUAUAGAAUAUCCUUAUUUUUUCUAAAUGCUGUAAUUAGGGCACAAGUGGACAUGGCUGUUCAUGGUCCAGCAAAGAGAAAGGUAAAGCUGCUGAGAGGACUAUGAGCUAAUGUUGGGGAUAGGCUGAGCAGUGCUGCCUUAAGCUGUCUCACAGGCUUCUAGAUGCCCUUUCCAUCCAACUUUUUACCAAAACCACUAUUUCUAACACUAUGCUGUAGCACUGCAGGACUUCAAGGUCUCUAAGACCUUGCAGACCAGAAGCUCUGCACAGAUACCUUGAGAACUGCUGCUAGGAAGAUUUCUCUGAUUUAUACCAUGGGUCACUGGCUAAAGCCGGGUUUAACUUGUCUCAGCCAGGAAAAAGACCCAGAUAAGGUUUGGGAGUUGGAAUCAGCCUUUUCACACAUGAUGCUUAUGUGAUUGAAUUUUAAAGCUUGCACUGUUGUGUAUCAGGUUUUCUGGAUGCUUGUAUUUGUACAUGCUGUCCUCUGUCAGACUGUAAUGCUGGUGGGUCUGUUUUUAACCACUUUUCUAAUUCCUAAUUGGUAUGAACUGUAACAUGAAUUGCCUUGACUGAGAUAAAAUUUUGGAAGACAAAAAGUUUAAUUAUGUCCAUCUGUACCAAGUUGGUGGGGCUGGUAGUUCAGGGAGAUUUGGGGCUUUUCUUACCCUAGUCUUCACUGAAAUCAGGGUUGAGAUUGUUGUUUUAUUUAAAGGUUGCAGCCUGCAGCUUUGAUGUAUGUUUUAAGAGGAGAAGCUGGCAGUAACCUCACUCUUGUGUUUGCAGUGGUGGCAGAAAAUCUCACUGGAUUGAGGAUUGUCCUCCCUAGGUCCUGACAGCAAAGAGACUAGCUGUGCCCUAGGGCUGGCCUGGAAAAGGCCAUGUCCAGAUGAACUCCAAUGUUAUGUAAUCCCCAAAGGGAUUUCCCCAAAUAGGGUUGUGGCCCUAUUUUUACAAACAUUCACCCCAAAAAAUCAACACCAAGUCUGGGGAUUUGCUAGUCCAUGCUGCCCUCAGAGGACACAUACUUCAAGACUGUAGGGGGUGAGCAAGAGGAGCCUGUUCUCAGCUUCCCUUGGGCUCUCCAGAAGGUCCUUCUGACCAUCCCCACUGUCCUCAUGGUUCCCCUUUCCAGAUGGCACAGACAGCAAGGACAUGGAUGGAAUAGAUGUUUGUGGCUAUAGGAGGGCCAGGAAUGGAUCAUGUGAUACUCAUGUAGGAGCCUGCCUUGCCCCACAUCACCCUCUUUGCCCCAGAUAAUGUUUUUCCAUCCGUUUCCAUUGUUACCGCACAAACCAUAGCUGCCUUAUGCCAUUGGACAUCACUAGCAGUGGCCAACCCAUACAGCAUGGCUUGAGGGUUAAGAGGGUCUUCAUUUCACUCCUUUUGCAAUAAAAAAUAUUUUACCAA